AUGCCACUUACAUACAACCUUCAAGUCGAGUUAUUUGAUGUAUGGGGCAUCAAUUUCAUGGGACCUUUCCCAAAGUCCUAUGAUUGCGAGUAUGUCCUGGUGGCCGUUGACUAUGUGUCCAAGUGGGUAGAGGCAAUGCCAUGCAGGGCCGCAGACGCCAAGCACGCCCGCCGGAUGUUAGGGUCUCAUUUCAUCGAUAAGACCUUCCGAAACUUUUUGCAAGAACUUGGGGCUCAGCACAACAUUGCCACUCCAUAUCAUCCCCAAACAAGUGGACAGGCAGAAACAAGCAACAAACAAAUCAAGAACAUUCUGCAGAAGACUGUCAAUGAGAUGGGGAAGGCAUGGAAGAACAAGCUACCUGAUGCACUUUGGGCAUAUAGGACUGCUUAUAAGACGCCCAUCGGCAUGUCACCAUACCAACUUGUCUACGGGAAGACUUGUCACUUUUCAGUAGAGUUGGAACACAGGGCGCACUGGGCUAUCCGGACUUGGAACAUGGAUUUAACGGGAGCCGGACAGCACAGGAAGAUGCAGCACUCUGAGCUAGAAGAAUGGAGGGACAAGGCCUAUCACAAUGCCAAGAUCUACAAGGAUAGAACCAAAAGAUGGCAUGACAAGCGGAUCAAGCACAAGGAGUUCAAAGCAGGGGACAAGGUGCUGCUGUUCAAUUCUCGGGUGAAACUUUUCGGACAUGGAAAACUUCGAAGUAAAUGGAUGGGUCCAUAUACUGUCGUCGACGCUUCAUCACAAGGAGCCGUCACGCUGUGCGACAACGAAGUCUCUUUUAGCUUCUACCCGGAGUCUUUAGCUCCCACUUGA